AUGGCCCAGGGCUUGGUUGUGUUCUCCUGCUUGUUCCUCGCCUUCAUCUCACUUUGGGGCCAUGGGGCAUGUGUGGAGGUGACUGUCCCAUCUGAUCCGGUGAUGCAGCAGAAGGGUUUGAGUGCAGAGCUCCCGUGCCAUUACAAAACCUCAGUCGACAAGAACUUCGCGCUGGAAUGGACGUUUGCGCCAGCCUCAACUUCUACUGACAACACCAAACAGAUUCUCUACUUCGCCAACAACGUGCUGUACAAACCAGGCUCUCAGUCUGAACGGCUAAGCCUCCUUCAUGACCCACCCACUUUGGGGGAUGCAUCCCUUCGAUUAGACAACGUGCGAGCAUCAGACGCCGGCACCUACACUUGUGAGGUGAAUGACCCUCCCGAUUUCUAUGGAGCUGGCACUGGGAGUAUCCAUUUUGUAGUUUUAAUGCCUCCAUCCAGCCCAGUGUGCAAAGGGGCUGCCUACGCUCCCGUGGGCUCAGAUGCCACCUUGACCUGCUGCUCUUCAGAAGGCGUGCCGGCACCAGUUUACUCUUGGACUCGGGUGGACCCCAAAACUCCACUCCUUCUGUCUAACAUGGUACAAAAUGAACAAACAGGGAGCCUUCAGUUGACCAACCUCUCACAAGUGUUCUCUGGGACGUAUCAAUGUGUCGCCUCCAAUGAGUAUGGCCAGGGGAGCUGCCAGGUAUCCCUCCACGUGUCAGCACAAGGGAACGGAGAGUGA